GGCUGGGACUUUACUCCGGCGGCCGGGAACGAGCCCGUGCUCCAUCAGCUGCCGCAACCGCCGCGCCCCGAGCCCGAGCCACGAUGAGCGGCAGAGUCGGCGAUCUGAGUCCCAAGCAGAAGGAGGCACUGGCCAAGUUUCGGGAGAAUGUCCAGGAUGUGCUGCCCACCCUGCCGAAUCCAGAUGACUAUUUUCUCCUGCGCUGGCUCCGAGCAAGAAACUUCGACCUGCAGAAGUCUGAGGCCAUGCUCCGGAAGCACGUGGAGUUCCGAAAGCAAAAGGACAUUGACAACAUCACGAGCUGGCAGCCUCCCGAGGUGGUCCAGCAGUAUCUGUCAGGGGGCAUGUGUGGCUAUGACCUGGAUGGCUGUCCCAUCUGGUACGAUAUCAUUGGACCUCUGGAUGCCAAGGGGCUGCUCCUCUCAGCCACCAAACAGGACUUGCUCAAGACCAAGAUGCGGGACUGCGAGCGGCUCCUGCAGGAGUGUGCAUGCCAGACCAAAAAGAUGGGGAAGAAGGUGGAGACCGUCACCCUGAUUUAUGACUGCGAGGGGCUUGGCCUCAAGCAUCUCUGGAAGCCUGCGGUAGAGGCCUACGGGGAGUUUCUCUGCAUGUUUGAGGAAAAUUACCCUGAAACGCUGAAGCGUCUUUUCGUUGUUAAAGCCCCCAAGCUGUUUCCUGUGGCCUACAACCUCAUCAAACCCUUCCUGAGUGAGGACACCCGCAAGAAGAUCAUGGUCCUGGGGGCAAACUGGAAGGAGGUUUUACUGAAAUAUAUCAGCCCUGACCAGCUGCCUGUGGAGUAUGGGGGCACCAUGACUGAUCCUGAUGGAAACCCCAAGUGCAAGUCCAAGAUCAACUAUGGGGGCGACAUCCCCAAGAAGUACUAUGUGCGAGAUCAGGUGAAACAGCAGUAUGAACACAGUGUGCAGAUUUCUCGUGGCUCCUCCCACCAAGUGGAGUAUGAGAUCCUCUUCCCUGGCUGUGUCCUCAGGUGGCAGUUCACAUCGGAAGGUUCGGACAUCGGUUUUGGGAUUUUCCUGAAGACCAAGAUGGGGGAGCGGCAGCGGGCAGGCGAAAUGACAGAGGUGCUUUCCAAUCAGAGGUACAAUGCCCACCUGGUGCCUGAGGAUGGGACCCUCACCUGCAGCGAUCCUGGCAUCUAUGUCCUGCGGUUUGACAACACCUACAGCUUCAUUCAUGCCAAGAAGGUCAGCUUCACUGUGGAGGUCCUGCUUCCGGACAAGGCCUCAGAAGAGAAGAUGAAACAGCUGGGGGCAGUCACCCCGAAGUAA